AUGAUUUUCUUCUUUUUCUUUCUUUCCUUUCUUUUUUUUCAAUCUGUAGAUGGGAAAUGCUGCAGCUGCAUUUGGUGGAGGCUUGCUCCUGGAAUAAGUGGUACAAAUGACAGGUGCACCAUCCUUGUCUCCAAUCUGGAUCCUGGCUGUGUUUCAGGGAUUCAAGCAUUUGAAAUGAUGGCAAUUGCUGCGGGUGACUGGAAUGGUGCUGGUGCCCACACAAACUACAGCACCAAGUCCAUGAGAGCCAAUGGUGGAAUCGAUGUUAUCAUUAAGGCCAUUGAGAAGCUGCGCCUGCGCUACAAGGAGCACAUUUCUGCAUAUGGGGAGGGCAAGGAGCGAAGAUUAACAAGCUGCCAUGAAACCGCCGACAUCAACACGUUCUCAUGGGUUGCAAUCGACUGUACGGUGGAGAGUUGCAAUGAACCUGCCUGGGUUCUUUCCGACUAACCAAAGAAGUCAAACAAUUAACGCCCAAUAGAACACCUACAUGAGAAAUUUCUAAGCACCAUCAUCAACAAUUUCCUUGAAAAUUUUCCCACCCUUUAUAUAGAUGUGAAAAGUCAACAUUACCUCUCAAACAGUUGAGGUUUG